AUGCCCAUGAUCCGCUAUACAGAUCCUUUAAUGCCGGCCUACCCGUACGGCAAGAAUCCUGCCUUCAAGGAAGCAAACUUUGGUCUCUACGGCGGAGCUACCCUUCAAUCAGGAAACAAGAUUUCCAAGGGGAGGAACAAGGGCAAGACGCUGAGAAAGUGGUUCCCCAACGUACGGAUAGAAACACUCCGGAGUGAGGCGUUGGACACAGAACUCAAAAUCCCAGUCACGGCUCGUGUUCGGAGGACGAUACAGAAAUGCGGUGGACUGGACGAAUAUGUCACCGGGACGAAGCCGGCCCGGAUAAAGGAAUUGGGUCUGCUGGGUUGGAAGCUCCGCUGGCUGGUGAUGACGUCUCCGAAAUGGCAAGAGAAGUAUGCCAAACAACGGAAGGAACAUAACUUGCCGACCGCGUUUUCGCCGGUCGGGACCUUCGAGGCGGCGUGGAAUGAUGAAGGGCAGAGGGCCAAGUUUAUCGAGCAGCAAGAGGCGGCAUGGCAGGACCUCCGCGAGGCAGCUGCAAGAUUCGAGAGUCAUGUGCAGAAACACUGGAUGGAAAAUGGAGAGAAGGAAGCGUACCACAUCCCUAAACUGGAGACGCUGCAACGGCGCAGUCCAAGUACGUUGGAUCUUCCUGAGCGGCUGGCGCGGGAUCGAACCAGAUCGCAUAUUGCAGCUGCUGUGAAGACCAAUGUUGCUGUGGAAAGCAAGAUGCAGGAAGAGAAACCUGCCGUUGACGUUGAAUAG